CCACAUGAGCGCCUCACGAUCAACAGCGAUAUUGCCUACGAUGCAGUCGAUCGCUAAGGUUGGUUAGGAAGUGUGCCAAUUGCUGCGAGAUGACGUUACUCGCAGAUCACGGCGACCCUUGGUCCCAAUAUCCGCAGCCGUUGACCUGCAUAAGCACAAACUCUAUGCAAUACCCCCGUCGCAGAUGUCGCACCGGCGGAAUAGCAUGCCACAAUGUCUGUCUGACACGCAGGUUCCAGCACGACAAGCAAGCACGAGACGAAUGGCAGAUGAUGGCGCGCAACUUUCGAGCUAAACGCCGAGACGCUCAGCCGCCGCAACUUCAGACAUGCAUCAAGCGGCCUUCUCGCCGCGGCAAGUGCAUCGCAGAGGCGUCUCGCGCGUAAUGACUGAUUGAUCAACGCUGGUUUGUUGGAGAUGAGCUAUCUUUACUGUUUCACCACUUCUUCCACUACUCGAGCUGUUGGACGGUGGUGACUUUGCAUUCUCGGUCAUGCAGCGCUUCCUUCCCGUACACAAUCGAUCCAGCGAUAGGUCCAUCUGGUGUUGCGCAACUCGCCGCUUCACCCAUCAGCGACGGUGUCAACGCGUUCCGCGUUCACGCCGACCGGCAAGAUUUCUUGUGCAGACAAAGCACUAGUCCGGCCCGUCUCGGGGCCAUUCUGCUUUCACGUCAGAAAUGCGCAGUGGCUCCUAACCAUUACUGUGGGUUUCAGCGUACACAAUCGGCUGCGUAACUCGGAGAUUGUUCGGCUGCGCUCAAUCGGCCCGAGAUGGUCGAUUCUGACAGCAAGAGCUUCAAUUUAAGCGAGAAAGAAGAAUCAAUAAGCGGUUCCU